ACUAGCGGCGAUCUGGGAAGUAAUGUGGGGAUGAAGCCCAAAAAAAUUUAAAAAAAAAACCUGGCCCAACCAGCCAGAAGUGCGUGUGUGAGUGAGAGUGAGUCCGAGUCGACUCGGACUCACAACGGUCUCUUCCAGGAACUCGCUCGGCUCGACUCACUGAGUCAUCUUCUCUGUCUAUCUCUCUCUUUCACACACACAAACACAAACACAUACCCAAACCCUUUUCCACUCUCUUUCUCUCUCAAAUCUCUGCACACACACGUCUACUUUCUCUCUAUUACCCCCCUUCUGAGCCCUUUUUCGUCAUUUUGCUCAGCCUCGCGAUCACACGGCCCACCUCCCUCCACGUCACCAUCGUCUUCUUCAUCCUCUGCCACUGUGACCCUUCUUUCUCUCUCCCUCUCUAUUUAUAACCGCCUCGUCCUCUUAGGGUUUCACAGACUCACCCAAAUUCUCUCUCUCUUUCUCUCUCUCUCUCUCUCUCACACACACAAAAUUUCUCGUUGCGACCUCGACACCUUCGAUGCCGUUAAUUUCGCCGUAGAAGAAGCUCCUCGACUCGCGAAUGAGGGUUUUGAAAUUGGCUGUGUGUUGGAUUAAGAUUGGGGAUUUUUGGAAAUUGCGUUAAUUGGAGCUGCUGUAGUUGCUUUUGGUUUUGAGAGUUAAUAGUUUGAGGGAGGGGGGGGCGUUGUGAUUUUUGUACGUGUGUGUGUGGUUGUUAAUGUUUCAUGGCGAUUGAGAAGAAUAACUUUAAGGGGUCGAGGUUUGAUCCCGAGUUUUCGCCCGGUAGUAGGGAGAGUAUGUCCAGUGAUGAGGACGAGCAUCAGCGCCGUAGCUCAGCUGUGGAAUCAGAUGAUGAUGAUGAAUUUGAUGAUGCUGAUUCCGGGGCGGGGUCUGAUGACUGUGAUUUGUUGGAAUUGGGAGAAACCGGGGCGGAGUUUUGCCGAGUUGGGAAUCAGAAUUGCAAUAUUCCAUUGGAGCUGUAUGAUCUUCCGGGUUUGGAAGAUAUAUUGUCAAUGGAUGUGUGGAAUGAGUGCUUGACUGAGGAAGAGAGGUUAAGCCUAACAAAUUUUUUGCCUGACAUGGACCAAGAGACGUAUAUGAUUACGCUAAAAGAGCUUUUCACGGGUUCUAGUUUGCAUUUUGGGAGCCCCAUUAAGAAGUUGUUUGAUAUGUUGAAGGGAGGGUUGUGUGAGCCAAGGGUAGCUCUUUACCGGGAAGGUUGGAAUUUCAUUCAGAAGCGGCAACACUACCAUCAUUUGAGGAAGUAUCAGAACAAUAUGGUUGUUAAUCUUUGCCAGAUAAGGGAUGCUUGGUUUAAUUGUAGGGGAUACAGUAUCGAUGAGAGGCUUCGUGUUUUGAAUAUUAUGAAAAGCCAAAAGAGUUUGAUGUCUGAGAAGAUGGAAUAUGUGCAGUCCGACUCGUCGGAAAGAGAGUCGGGCGAACAUUUGUGGAGCAGAAAGAGCAAGGACAGGUCCCAGAGAAUGGGUAACCAAUCUGCAUAUGGAGUGGGCUCAAAUUUGGACAUUCCUUCUCGAGGACGGUUGAUGGGUUUGGAUCCAGAAAAUUAUGGAAAGCAGAAUCCUAAAGGUAUACUGAAGCUUGCUGGGUCAAAGUUGCCUUUGGCAAAGGAUUUAGUUGGCCACCAUCCUUCUGUUUACCCUGGUUUAGAUAUGAAUUCUGGGCCAUAUGGUUCAGCAGCAGCUCUUCCUCGUCAGAAUAAGGCUGCAGGACUCAAGACAAGGGAUCAGAUGAAAGGUCUUGAUGAAAUUGAUGUUUACCCUGGUUUGGAUAUGAAUUCUGGGCCGUAUAGUUCAGCAGCUCUUGCUCGUCAGAAUAAGGCUGCAGGACUCAAGGCAAGGGAUCAGAUGAGAGGUCUUGAUGAUGUUGAAGAAAUCACAUAUGGAAUGGGUGUCCAACGGGAUCGAAAUGUCUCACGUGGUAGUGCGAUGGAGAAAUCUGGAAUUUUGAAAGUGGGAAAAAAGCAUGGCCUUUCAAGAGGCGAUGAUUUAGCCACUGACAAUUUUAUGGGUCUACCUAUUUCUUCAAAGGGUGAUUUACCAGGCUAUGGUAGGAACAGGAAUUCGAGUAAGGUGUUCACAAAGCCUCCUAAUAUGAAGAGUUCCUAUGACACUGUCAAAAAGUCUAAGUAUCCUGAAAAUGCUCAGCAAUUUGCAGUUGGGGAUCAGAUGAAGUUGUUGAAAGGCCGCGAGCUGCAGCUGGGACUGAAAGGUAAUAGAGCUGACUCAUCAGAUCGUGCUGAACCUCAUUGGCAUAAGAGGACUCACGGGGAAGGUUUUUCUGUGGAUUCGUUGCAUAAACUUGAUGAUUGGGAUACCAGGGGUAAGAAACGGAAGCCAGGGAGGGAGUCCCCUGAUCUGAAUUACAAAUCCUAUAGAGCUUCCUCACCACAGAUGAAUGACAGAUAUUUUCUGACUGAAUUGAGAGCAAAACCAUCAAAAGAGAAGAUGAAAGGUAAUUUUGUACAGAAUGGAGUCCCAGACUUGGCAGGGGUGAAAAGUAAUAGAAUGUUUAUUAAAAGUGAAGACACAGAAUCAGACUCAUCAGAAUUUGACGAUGAUGAGGAUAGCAAUCCUUUGUUGAGGAGUAAGUCGGCUUUCCCUGGUGGUGGUAUGGAAGGUUCUCAAUCUAAGUUAUUGCAGUCUAGCCUAGAUGCUAAAAAGGCCAAGUUUGUUAAGAGGGAUAAAAAAGUGAAUGCACGGGAUUUUGAAGGAAUUGCACAUCCCUUGAAAAAGAUGGGUGGUUUUGGUGAUCAUGGGCAUGUGCCAGGAGUAGAUAACCACAUUUUAAAGCAGAAGGGUAAAAUGCGAGAUAGCAGUCCCUUGCAUGAUUCCACUGGUAGAGUUUUGGGAGACAGCUAUGCUUUUCGCUUGGGUAAGUUUAAUGAUGAUGGUGAUAGGAAACAAAUACACAAAUUGGGCAAGAAUGGCAAGUUGCAUGGGGAACCUGGUGAAAGGUUACAUGUGUCCUCAUUGAAGACCUACUCUUCUGAGAAAAAGCAGAAAGGGGAUGUAGGCCGUGACCAUUCUGCUUCUCAGUCAAUUUAUUUGCGUAACAAUGUUGCUGAUGAGGAGGAUGAUGCACUUGAAAGAAGAUUAUUGGUGGAUGGUUAUGGGCAGGGUAGGUCUGGGAAGAAAGGACAGAGUAAAGAAGGUCAUGUGAGUAAUCGUAAUGGAAGAUCUGAGGCUCCAUUAAUAGUUUGCAAUACAGUGACAAAAAAGCGGAAAGGAAAGGUGGAUGUGACAGAUGUGGAUGGCAGAGAUGAAGAUGAUGAUCUGCAGUUUGACAUUAUGCAGCAAAUUGAUGAUUCCACUCCUUUGAAGAAAAAGACAAAAAAGAAACUGGACCAAGAUUCUGUUAGUUCAGACAUGGAAAACUCUGAGCCACCUGUUACAGAAAUGGGAGCAGUAGAGAUGGAGCUGGAAACCAAACCACAGAAAAAACAAUUCACACCGAUUACACCUACAGUUCAUACUGGCUUCUCAUUUUCUAUUAUACACCUUCUCUCUGCAGUUCGCUUGGCAAUGAUUACUCCACUUCCAGAAGAUUUGGAGGUUGGCAAACCUAGAGAGGAGCAGGAUAAAAAGCAUGAGGGCAGUGUUAAUGGGGUCCCUUCCCAGGAGAAGGUGGAUGUCAAUGUCUCAGAACCUGCUGGGCAAGGGAACAUGCCUUCUCUUACUGUUCAGGAGAUUGUUGACCGCAUCAGGUCAAACCCUGGAGAUCCUUGUAUACUUGAGACACAAGAGCCACUUCAGGAUUUGGUGAGAGGAAUUCUAAAGAUAUUUUCAUCCAAAACAGCACCUUUGGGAGCAAAAGGUUGGAAGGCGCUUGCAAUCUAUGAAAAAUCUACAAAGAGUUGGUCCUGGAUUGGCCCAGUUUCUCAUGGUUCAUCAGAUAAUGAGACCAUUGAGGAAGUGACAUCUCCUGAAGCUUGGGGUCUUCCUCACAGAAUGCUUGUCAAGUUGGUUGAUUCUUUUGCUAACUGGCUGAAAAGUGGUCAGGAGACCCUUCAACAAAUAGGAAGUCUCCCUGCACCACCUCUGGCAUUGAUGCAGUUCAACCUGGAUGAGAAAGAAAGGUUCAGGGACCUAAGAGCUCAAAAGAGUCUUAACACCAUUAGCCCAAGCUCUGAAGAAGUGCGAACUUAUUUCCGUAAGGAGGAAGUUCUAAGGUAUUCAAUUCCUGACAGGGCCUUUUCUUACACAGCAGCUGAUGGAAAAAAAUCCAUUGUAGCUCCUUUGAGAAGGUGCGGUGGUAAGCCUACAUCAAAAGCUCGAGACCAUUUUAUGCUGAAACGUGAUCGACCACCACAUGUUACAAUUCUUUGUCUUGUGAGAGAUGCAGCUGCCAGAUUGCCUGGAAGUAUUGGCACUCGAGCAGAUGUUUGCACAUUAAUAAGAGAUUCUCAAUAUAUCGUUGAAGAUGUGUCUGAUUCACAAGUUAAUCAAGUUGUUAGUGGAGCCUUGGACCGUUUGCACUAUGAGCGUGAUCCUUGUGUGCAAUUUGAUGGGGAAAGGAAAUUAUGGGUUUAUUUACAUAGGGAAAGAGAAGAAGAAGAUUUUGAAGAUGACGGUACUUCAUCUACAAAGAAAUGGAAGAGGCAAAAAAAAGAUGCUGCUGAGCAAUCAGACCAAGGGGCAGUUACUGUGGCUUAUCAUGGGGCUGGGGAACCUGGAUAUGAUUUGUGCUCUGAUCUUAACGCAGAGCCAUCUUGUAUUGAUAAUGAUAAGGGAACAGAACUUGUACAUGAUGAUGUCAGACAAAAUGUGGAGGACAAUGUUGAUAUAAAUCAUGGUUCUGAGCACAGUGACACACAUCAGGCUCCUCCAAUGGGUUGGGAGGCUAUUGACUUAAAUCCUAUGCAAGAAAACAAAUUGCUCUGUCAAGAAAAUUCCACAAAUGAAGAUUUUGAUGAUGAAACAUUUGGGAGAGAACGGCCAGUUGGACUUGUAACUGCAAGCAUAGUGUGAGGAAUUCUUCAGGCUUUGUGCUUUACGUCCGCUAGAUGGCCUGGUCAAGGCGUGUCUUAUACAUUGAAGCUUGUUACCUGUAUAUUGAUGCCAUCGGGAAAUGUAGAAUAGAAAGUUGAUCUUGUUUGAGGCCAUUGAAUAUGUUCAAGGCAGGUGGAUAUCUAUAAUGCUUCCGCAUCCUAUAAAUAAUGCCUUUUUGUCCUAAUAUCCAUAUCAUUUGAAAUAUAGGUUCAUUUUGAAUACUUCAGCUGAGCGAAGUGGAGAAUUUGGUAUUGUGUAGUGUGACAGCACAAUAUUUUAUCCGCAUGUACAUAUGUUUUAGAUGAGGUUAAAUUGGCAGUUUUUCUUGAUCAGAACACCCCAACCCCUUAAAAUAGAAAGAGAUAUAGGAAGGAAGAAAAAGGGUAGGAAUGUCUCGGUCAUGCUGUUAUAUCUCACAUUUUGCAGGGGCUUUGGGCUGGCAUGUAGAAUCUGUUAAAACUGAAAUUUUGAGCUACAACGUUAAAAGCUCUUUACUCUAUAAUAAAAGUAAUGAAUUGAAAUAAAUGCUCAUACUUUUUUCAA